AUGAUCAGCCGCAACUUCAAGAACGUUUUGGUGGUGUCGCUAGGAUUUCUGUCGCUCUUCACGGCGUAUGGCGGAUUGCAGAGCUUGCAAAGCAGCCUGAAUGCGGAGGAGGGCAUGGGCGUGGCGUCUCUCAGCGUCAUCUACGCGUCCAUCAUCAUCUCCUCCAUGUUCCUCCCUCCCCUCAUGAUCAAGAACCUGGGCUGCAAGUGGACCAUCGUGGCCGGCAUGGCUUGCUACGUCUCCUACUCCUUCGGGAACCUCUACCCGGGAUGGUACACGUUGAUCCCUACCUCAGUGAUCCUGGGUUUGGGUGGCUCACCUCUAUGGUCAGCCAAGUGCACUUACCUCACCAUCUCAGGCAAUGUGCAGGCGGCCAAAGAGGGCAAGAAGGGUCCGGACAUUAUCAACCAGUACUUCGGCAUCUUCUUCUUCAUCUUUCAGUCGUCGGCUGUGUGGGGGAACCUCAUGUCAUCGCUCAUUUUUGGACAAGACACCAACAUAACAAUCAUUUCGGACGAGCAGCUGCAGACUUGCGGUGCGUCCGACUGCGGCCUAGUGAUCACUUCCAACAGCACCACCAGCAGGCCGGCGCAGGAGUUGGUGUGGACGUUGGUCGGAUGCUACAUCGGCGUGGGAGUGCUGGCCAUGCUGAUCGUGGCUAUUUUCCUGGACAACAUCGACCAGGACCAGACGAGCCGUUUCCGUGGCAACCGAGAGCCUUUUUGCCACACUUUCCUCGCCACUUUUCGUCUUCUGAAGGACUGGCGACUGCUCAUCCUUAUCCCGCUCACCAUGUACAGCGGCUUCGAGCAAAGCUUCCUGUCUGGGGAGUACACGAAGAAUUAUGUGACGUGCGCUUUGGGAAUUCACUACGUGGGCUUUGUCAUGAUGUGCUUCGGGGCGUCCAAUUCGCUUUGCUCCUUCCUCUUCGGACGACUGGCUCGCUAUACAGGGAGGGCAUUGCUCUUCCUCCUGGCGGCGGUGGCUAACUUUUCCUGCAUUAUCGCGCUGUUGUUCUGGAGACCUCAUCCUGACGAAUUGGGCAUCUUCUUCGUGUUUCCCGCCUUGUGGGGAAUGGCCGACGCCGUCUGGCAGACGCAGACCAAUGCUCUGUACGGUAUCCUGUUCCCGGCCGAUAAGGAGGCGGCCUUCGCCAACUACCGCAUGUGGGAGUCUUUGGGCUUCGUCAUCGCGUUCGCGUACAGUACCUUCCUGUGUCUGGAGUACAAACUUUACAUCCUGCUGACAGUGCUGUUGUUGACCGCCGUUACUUACCCAGUGGUGGAAUACUACGAGUAUAAGAAUCCAACUAAAGCUGUAGAGGAAGAAUACUAUAAAGAAGGUAUUGCCAUGGAUGACAACAAGUCCUCCCUCCGUCUCGCCCCCUCCUUCGUCUUGAUUGGCCGCGUUCAAAGUCCAAUGUUUGGACGAGGACGGAGAAAGGAGGGGGGCCCACCACCACCACCGACGCUAAUUCCAGCCAGCCGCUCCUGUGAGGCUCCAAUCCCGCUAAAGAGGCUUAGCAGCCCGGUGGCAGCAGGGUACUCAGCGAAGCGUUCCCUUUGGUUCGGCGAGAUGUCCAGCGGAGGCUCGGUGACACCGCUCGACCCGCUCGGAUGUUAA